AACAAGGGAGUGUCGAGAAAGUGUGUGCAGGAAGGUGGGAAGGCGGGAACAGAGGGACUGAGUCGUUGAUGAGUGAAUGCAAGUCGCAAGCCUUUUAUAGCGGUCCUCAAGCGCAAACCGCUUUUUCGAGGGUGCGACCGCGCAUCGGGGUGCAACGACGCGCCUACUUGCCAUCUGCGCCUGCGCAGCACGUUGGCCGCCACGAUGAUCGUCCGGAUGUGCUCUUUGCUGAGACAGCAUCAACCAUAUUUCCUCACCUGUCUGGCAGUUGCCUGUCCAUUACCGCAGACGGGUCCCGCACGCCUUCAGCCUAUCAUUGAGAUGUCCAUGAGGCAAGGGCAUCAUGUAGAGUAUCUGGGCGCGGGAGCUGUUAUUGCACUGUGCGGGCACAUGGUGAAAUCUUCAUCUGCACUUCGGUUCGUCCGCUGAACUGCCCGUAAGUACCCACUUCUUGAUGUAAGUGGGGCCAACAUCGGCUACAUUUCGUUUUCAGUGACAGUGAGCCUUUUGGAUGACGUGGUAGUUGCUAUGGAGCUGAUGUUCAUACGGAGGCAUGUACGUAGUCG